GAUUUCAAUCUGGUUACAAACCAUCUGUGUUGAACAAGUCAACGUAGUGAUUAACGGAUAAUUUUCAAAACACUUUUGUUUCAGCACCCGUCACAAUAACAUGAUUGUUCAGCGUCAGCUUUUAAAGUUUCUUGCUCAGGCCCCGAACAGCUGUAUUCCCAACAAAUCCUGGGCCACUAUUGGUGUGCGGUGUUUGCAAACAAAAGAAAAUCCUACAUCGUCAUCAUUGGAUAGGUCAACAGUAAAGACCUUUACUCUAAGUGAUCAAACUAAGAGCGAAGUGAAACAUCAUGCAAGCUUAGCCAAUUAUUGGUGGGAUCCUCUAGGUCCCAUAAAAGCUUUGCACGCCUUAAACAAACUCAGGAUACCAUUCAUAUGUGAGGGUCUGAAGAGCCAGCACAAGAUAUCUUCUGAACUCAUUAAUACAACACAGAUGUUAAAAAAUCAAAACAUUUUGGAAAUAGGCUGUGGUGGAGGCAUUCUAACCGAGAGCUUGGCCCGCAUAGGCUCUUCUGUAACAGCCUUGGAUUUGAGUGAAGAUUUAAUUGCAUUGGCUCGUCAUCACUUGGCUUUGGAACAAAACCAAGGGCUAGUUGAUCGAGUCCAAUACAAAAUUGAACCCAUAGAACACCAUGCCAGUUAUAGAAAAAAUUAUUAUGAUGCUGUAGUUAUUUCGGAAGUCUUGGAACAUGUGGAUGAAAAUGAUAAAAUUGAAUUUCUGAGGGCAAGUGUAGAAACUUUAAAGCCAGGAGGAUCCAUGUUCAUAACCACAUUAAACAAAACCAUUUCGAUGUGGGUUGUUGGCGUUUUGAUAGGUGAAUAUAUUUUACGUGCUAUUCCAAUUGGAACUCAUCAUUAUGGAAAAAUGAUAUCGCCGGAGUAUGUUCGACACAUUUUAAAUACCCUGAACUGUGAUACUGUACUCGUAAAAGGUAGCUCAUAUAAUUUUUUGCGUAACUAUUGGAGUUGGACAAAUACUACGUCACUGUUUUAUGCCCUGCAUGCUGUAAAAAAAUAACCUCUUGUCAAUUGUAAGAAAUUAUGGAGGUGGAUAAUCAACUGGUUAAUGAAGUACAAUAAAAAAUUAUAAUUUAUAUAAUGUGCAAUAAAUUUUUAUUAUACAAAA